AUGGCGCCCCCGUGUUGGACUGCGCUGCUGCUCGUCGCGCUGCUGGCCAUUGCGCUGCCGGCCAGCGCCACGCCCGCCCUGCUCCCCGAUGUCGUCAAGGAGCGCAUCAUUGCGCCCCGUGGCUGGACGCGCUACGCGGUCGCCAACGACAGCGAAGUCAUUCCUUUGCGCAUUGCGCUGAAGCAGGCGGAGCCGAACAGCAUCGAGCGCAUGCUCGACCUGACCAGCGACCCGGACAGCCCCAACUACCUCGACCACCUGUCGCGCGAACAGGUCCUGCAGCUGCUCAAGCCCUCCUCGAACUCGUCCAAGGCCGUGAAUGCGUGGCUGGACAGCCACAAGGUAUCGUCGAUCCACGUCGACCACGCCCACCAAGGCGACUCGGUCAGCAUCCACGUGCCGGUGCACAAGGCGCGCCGUAUGCUCAACGCCGACUUUUCCGUAUUUGAGCACCACAGCACCGGCGAGCGCGUCGUGCGCACGACCGAGUACAGCCUGCCCCGCAGCGUCGCGGACCAUGUGGAAUACGUGGGCGGCACGACGUACUUUUCUACGCUGCGCUCGCUGCGCUCGCCGAACAAGGUCAUUGACGAGGCGGUGGAUCUCGAGCCACUGACGCGCGCCGCGCGCAUCAGCCGCGUAAAUGUCCACGCGUCCGGCAAGCCGCAGCCCGGCGUGCCGUCGGCGUGCAACUCGUCACAGGUCACCUCGCUCUGCCUCCGUGAGCUGUACGGCACCAAGGGCUACAAGCCCCGCGCGCCGAAAAAGACACACAUUGGCAUUGCCGGCUUCCUCGGCGAGAAGGCCAACUACCAGGAUUUGAACAACUUCCUCAAGGUGCAGCGCCCCGACGCGCUGCGCGGCAACGCGACCUUUGACUAUGUCACGAUCAACGGCGAGCACAACAACCAGAGCCUUGCCGCAUCGACGGGAGAGGCCGCGCUCGACGUGCAGACUGUCGUCGGCAUGACCUACCCCAUCCGCACCUCGUUCUACUCGGUCGGGGGCAAGCCGCCGUUCAAGAAGGACAAGUUUACGCCGACGGACACGAACGAGCCCUAUGCCGAGCUGCUCGAGUACCUGCUGCGUCUGCCGGACCACGAGCUGCCCGACGUCCUCUCGAUCUCGUACGGCGACGACGAGCAGACGGUGCCGCCGGCGUACGCGCGCCGCGUGUGUACGCUCAUUGCCGCGCUCGGUCUCCGCGGCGUGAGCGUCUUUGACUCGUCGGGCGACCAGGGUGUCGGCGGCAGCGAGGAGUCGCAGUGUGUGACGAACGACGGCCGCAAGGAAAAGACCUUCUUGCCGUCGUUCCCUGCGACGUGCCCGUACGUGACGGUCGUCGGUGCGACCAAGGACUUUGGACCGGAAAAGGUGACGACGAAAAAGUUUUCCUUUAUCGUGUCCGGCGGCGGCUUUUCCAACUACUUCCCCCGCCCUUCGUACCAGAACACGAGCGUGCCGCACUACUUGAGCACGACGCAGGGCAACAAGGACCACGGCAUGUUUAACCCCGAGGGCCGUGCGUAUCCCGACGUGUCGGCCCAAGGCUCGCGCUUUGUGAUCUCGGUCAAUGGCAAGCUCCAGCUGAUUUCGGGUACGAGCGCCUCUACACCCCUCUUUGCAUCGGUCGUGUCGCUGCUGAACGAUGCGCGCAUCGCGCAGAACAAGGCGACGCUCGGCUUUUUGAACCCCCUCAUCUACAAGCGCAUGGGCAACACCUCGGCCUUUACCGAUGUGCACAUCGGCUCGGCCAAGGGGUGCGGCCACAUGCACGGCUUCGAGGCUGCCGAGGGCUGGGACCCGGUGACGGGCUUUGGCACGCCCAACUUUCCCAUGAUGCUCCAGCAGGUGAUCCAGCUGUAG